UGCAGUGUCUGUUAUUAACCGACGAGACGUAGACGCUUUUAUACCGACGAUAAAUAAAUUGAUAAUUAUACAUUGUUAUAGUUCUAUUAGUGAAAAAAUGAUAGCGAUAUUAAUAUUGUUGGUUUUAGUUUUACUCGUUUUAAUAUCUUGGUUAAUAUUGGUUAAAGAUUGUAAAACGUUCAAUAUUCCGGGGCCGAGACCUUUGCCUUUAUUGGGCAAUGGACUUUUAUUUAUAACAAAAUCAAGAGAUUUCCUGCCUCUUCUUCAUAGGCUAAAAGAAGAAUAUGGCAAUGCAUACAGAGUGCACCUGCUGCACACCGCUUAUGUUGUCCUGUCACACCCCAAGUAUAUGGAGGGCAUCAUGUCUAGUACAGAAAUAAUAACUAAAGGCCACUCGUAUUAUUUCCUGAGACCCUGGCUUGGAGAUGGACUUCUCACAUCUACAGGUCACAGAUGGAGAACAACGAGGAAGUUCUUAACGCCGGCAUUUCAUUUCAACAUACUGCAAAACUUUUUACCAGUUUUCUUGAAAAACGAAAAGAUUUUGAUAAAGAAAUUACAAAAUUACACGGACGGUAAAGCUUUCGACGCUUUUCCCAUUAUUGCUUUGACGGCCUUGGAUAAUGUAACAGAAUCUAUUAUGGGCGUUUCUUUCGAUGCUCAAAGUAAUAGCGAAUCAAAGUAUGUAAAGGCGAUUGAGUCUCUUUCUAAGAUCCUGUCAUUGAGAAUGCGAAAUCCAUUCAUAGGAGAAGACCCAAUAUUCAAUUUGCUUCCGUAUAAAAAGGUACAAGACGAAGCAACUGAAAUACUGCACUCACAUACGAGAAAAGUAAUCAAUAUGAGACGCAAAGAAUUGGAAAAAUCAAACAUCACUAAUUUUAAUGAAAACUCUGAUUUAGGUAUAAAAAAUAAACAUGCAUUUUUGGACCUACUCCUCUUAUCUAAAGUCGACGGUAAACAAAUCAGUGACGAGCACGUGAGGGAAGAAGUGGACACAUUUUUAUUCGAGGGUCACGAUACGACAAGUUCCGGGAUUUGUUUUGCACUAUAUUGCCUCUCAAAACAUCCGGAAAUUCAAGAGAAAAUUCUCGAAGAGCAGAAGAUUAUCAUUGGAGAAAACUUAGACAGGGAUCCAAUAUACAUGGAAGUGCAACAAAUGAAAUACUUAGAACUAGCUAUUAAAGAGAGUCUUCGGAUAUAUCCUUCGGUACCUUUGAUAGAAAGGCUCGUUACGAAAGACACAGAGAUCGAUGGUCUAAAAAUAAGAAAAGAUACAUCGGUGAUAGUGAACAUUUUCGAAAUGCAUCGAAACCCCGAAAUUUACGAUAAUCCAAUGGAGUUCCGACCUGAGAGAUUUGAAACUUCAUCACCUACAGCGAAGAACGCCUUCAGUUGGCUUGCUUUUAGCGCUGGCCCGAGGAAUUGUAUUGGUCAAAAAUUCGCGAUGAUGGAAAUGAAAGUCACAAUUGCCAGUAUCAUAAAGAAUUUCGUAGUGCUGCCGGAGGACGUGCAAGAUAUAGGACUCUGUGCUGAACUUAUAUUGCGAUCCGAUACCGGAGUUAAAUUGAAAUUGAGACCUAGAGAUAAGAAGUACUAGAUACAAAAUCAAAAUAGAACUUAUCGAAUAAAAUAAUGACUAGUGACUACUACAUUCAGCGCACACUCGCUCCACUAACAUAGUGUGGGCUCCAAAUUGAAAACUUUGUAACUUUUAUAUUUUGCAACAGCCAUUUGAUUAAUGAAAGUACUUUAAAUCACGUAAUCUUAUAAAUAAAAAUGGAUAUUAGUACAGUAUAUGUCAAUAAAUAGACUUCGAAACAGUUAAACCGAUCAGCAAGAGAGCUCAUGCGUAUUUUUCAAGGAGGUUAUUGUAACUCACCGUGGAAUACCGCUGUAGCAUAAUAAUUUCUUUACCAUGCAACUGAUUAAAAUGACAAUUGACAAACAUAUAGGGUUAUCUCUUCCCGAUUUUGCUUUUUGAAAAUAUAAAACUAAAACUGUACUCUGUAAAAUUUCAUGUAUUCGAAUUCGAAUCGUGUUAGCUUAACGUGAUAAGCAAAGUUAUUGGUAGGUUUAUUGAACGAAACAUAUAUUUUUAAUAUCUAGUUAGUAAUAUAUUUUUCUAACCCAAGGUUGAGUUUUCAUUUUUAUAAAGUAAUUAUAUAGAUUUAAUUGUCUUUGUCUAGAAUUUUACGUUGUACUGGUGACAUAAUACUAUUUAAAAGUAAUAGAAAAAAAAAAUCCCAUUGGUCCUUUAAAAGAAUGUGUCGACAAUUAAUAAACAAUAAAACAUUAUAUUAUUUUAAAUUUUAACAAUAUUUAUUUGUGCUUCUGUGGGUUGGUACAUUUCGGCACAACGCGGUCCAAUUAUAAUUGUGAUAUAAAAUAAAUAAAUUAAGUAUGUCUAACUUUUUAUAAAUAUAUUAUUAGAAUAAUAAUAAAUUUUACCACAUG